ACAAGCAGCGAAAGAAAAGCGGCUGCUUUUCGAGAGAGAGCAUCCUUAUAGGACAGGGGCUGCAGUUUGACUAAAGUGCUUAGUGCAGAAGGGGGAGACAGGAAAAACGAGUGAGCAACGACAAAAGAAGAGCGAGGGUGGGAGGGGCAACAAAGAUCUGUCAGAUGAGGCUUGAGACGCUUCUAUUUUCUGUGUGGUCUCCUUUAUUACAGGGCGUUCUGAACGGGCAGCAUCAGUGUGUCUCUUGCGCAUGAUCAGCUGUCUACACAUCCCUUCUGCCGGGAGUCAACACAUAUCUCAGCAUCUCUCCGCCAGAGACAGAAAGAAAAACACCUCUCCUCCGCUAAUUGAGGCACUGAUAAGCCUCUUCUCCUUCCUCCUGGUGUGGUUCUGAUCCGGUUCAGUUCUGAUCUGAGCGUGAGAAUGGUGCGUUUGCUGAUUCUGUUGAGCCUCAGCUCUUUAGCUCUGAGCUACGCUGUCGGCGGGGACGUGUGCAUAACGGGUCAUGACAGUGGACCAGUGUUUGAGGAGCAGCCCAGCAGUGUGGUUUACCCAGAGGGUCUCAGUAAGGGAACAGUUACUCUCAGCUGCCAGGCUAGAGCCAGCCCUGCUGCUACGUACAGGUGGCAUGUGAAUGGUACGAAUGUCCCGGUAGGGGACCCCCGGUAUACACUGGUAGCCGGUAACCUGGUGAUCAGUGGUCCCCAGUACGGCAGUGACGGAGGCUCCUACCAGUGUCUGGCCAUGAACCGCUGUGGCACCAUACUCAGCCGCGUCGCCAAUCUCAAAUUCGGCUACCUCCGUGACUUCUCUGGGGAAGGGCAGAGCCCAAAGACAGUGUACGAGGGUGCAGGUGCCUUCCUGGCCUGUCAGGCUCCCGCCCACUACCCAGCGCUGUCCUACCGCUGGUUCGUUAACGACUUCCCCAGCUUCGUGAAGCCUGARGGGGGUCGGUGGUUCGUCUCCCAGGUAACGGGCAACCUGUACCUGGCCAAGGCGGAGCCUAACGAUACAGCAAGCUACUUUUGCUUCACCACCAUCGACAUGGACAUCAGUACCAAGAGUACCUUCAGCAAGGCCAACCAGCUCACCGUGCAGCCAGACGCCAAUGCCAGGAAGUCAGCUCCUGCUAUCAAAGUGCGUUUUCCAGCAGAGACCUACGCCCUGGCAGGACACACCACCCAGCUGGAAUGCUUUGCCUACGGAAAUCCUGUCCCAAAGUUGCGUUGGAGGAAGGUGGAUGGUCUGUUGCCGUCUAAGGCCGGGGCCAGUGCAGAGGGACCCAUCCUCACUCUGCCUGAGGUGACCUUCCAUGACGAGGGAGUGUACGAGUGUGAGGCCUACAACUCUGAGGGCCGCGACACACACCAGGGACGCAUCAACGUGCAAGCCCAGCCAGAGUGGCUGCAGGUGAUGAGUGACUCUGAGGUGGAGAUCAGUUCAGAACUGCACUGGACCUGUGUGGCUGCUGGCAAACCAAGACCCUCCAUACGCUGGCUACGCAAUGGACAGCCCCUUAGCACACAGGACCGAGUGGAGGUCAAUGGGGGUCGUCUGAAGGUCAUCAACCUGGCACUGGAGGAUUCUGGGAUGUAUCAGUGUGUGGCUGAAAACAAACACGACACCAUCUACUCCAACGCCGAACUGAGGGUGCAAGUCCAGGCCCCAGARUUCCGCUCCAACCCGGUGAGGAGGUUGGUCCCAGCAGCCCGAGGGGGGCAGGUGAUGUUGGAGUGUCGGCCGCGAGCCGCCCCAAAACCUACCCUGUUCUGGAGCCGUGGCACUGAGCUCCUCACAAACAAUAGCAGGGUGACAGUGACUCCAGAUGGGAUCCUGUGGAUCCACAACAUCAGCAGGGCAGAUGAGGGGAAGUACACCUGUUUUGCUGAGAACUACUUGGGCAAGGCCAACAGCACUGGACACCUGUCAGUUAGAGAUGCCACUAAGAUCACCCUAGCUCCCUCCAACGCUGACAUCAACCAGGAAGAGAACGUCACGCUGCAGUGUCACGCGUCYCAUGACCCCACCAUGGACCUCACCUUCACCUGGGCUCAUAAUGGAGCUAUGCUGGACCUGGAGGACCCCGCCGGACCGUACCACCGUGUGGAGGGGAAGGAGACCAUAGGUGAUCUGUUGAUAGUGAGUGGUCAGCUGAGUCAGGCAGGUACAUACAGCUGUACAGCUCAGACCGUGGUGGACAGCGCCUCAGCCUCCGCUAAACUGGUGGUCAGAGGUCCCCCGGGACCUCCCGGCGGUUUGGUGGUGAAGAACGUUGCCGCGACGUCGGUGGAGUUGCGGUGGAGUCGUGGCUAUGACAACCACAGCCCCAUCGGGAAGUAUGUUAUCAUGGGUCACUCUCCGCUGUCUCCUGGUUGGAAGAGGAUGAGGACAGACCCAUCUAACAUUGAAGGCAAUGCGGAAUCGGCUCGUGUGGUUGGCCUGUUGCCCUGGAUGGACUAUGAGUUCCAGGUCAUCGCCAGUAACAUCCUGGGUAGUGGAGAGCCUAGCAUGUCCUCUCACACCGUACGCACCCAGCAAGCAGGUCCCACAGUUGCCCCUAGUGGACUAGGUGGAGGAGGAGGAGACCGCAACGAACUCAUCAUCACCUGGACCCCCAUGGCCAGAGAGUACCAGAAUGGAGAUGGCUUUGGCUACAUCCUGGCAUUCCGGAAGCGGAACACUCCGACAUGGGUGGUGGAGCGUGUUUCCAACGUGGAGUCGUCUCGCUAUGUGUACUCCAACCAGAGCCUGUCCCCCUACUGCCCGUUUGAGGUGAAGAUCAAAGCCUACAACCGUAAAGGAGAGGGUCCCUUCAGCCAGAUCGCCCUGGUGCACUCUGCAGAGGAGGAGCCCACGGUGGCGCCCUCGAGGAUCAACGCCACGGCUCUGACGGCAUUCGAGAUGCAGGUGUCGUGGGACCCGGUCCAACACCUCAGCGCCAAUGGCAUCCUCAGAGGUUACGAGAUCCGGUACUGGCGUCAGCAUGAGCGGGAGGCAGCUGCAGACCGUGUGCGUACAGCCGGGUUGGAGACAACGGCUCGCGUGGCAGGACUGAGACCCAACACCCGGUACCAUGUUACCGUGCUGGCCUACAACAGCGCUGGGACAGGACCAGCCUCACCCAAAUCCACUGUCACUACCAGGAGACCACCUCCUAAUCGCCCCCCUGGCAACGUGUUCUGGAAGACUGAUGGCUCAUGGGUAACUGUGAGGUGGGAUCAUGUCAAGGCCCUAGACAACGAAUCAGCUGUACUGGGCUACAAGGUGUUGUAUAAGCAUGAGGGCCAGUCUGCACUGAAGGUUCUGGACAAGGGGAAAACGUCCGUCACCCUGCCCCUACCCAAAGACAACGGCUAUGUGGUCCUGGAGAUACGCUCCUGGGGGGAGGGAGGAGACGGAGCCGCACACGAGACCAUUGUUUCCCGCGACUCAGGAACUGGAAUGAUGGUGCAGAACCAAGCAAGUUCCCCAUGGUCCAAUCACGCUCCUCUCCUUCUCACCGCCACACUCUCCCUCACUCUUAUUGGCUUACUGGACCUGUGAUCUCCGCCAGUCCCUGGACAUUGUGUCAUAGUCAUGGUGUCAAGCCUAUUGUUCAGAUUCACCUAUCUAUUGUUUUGUUGUGGCGGGGAGGGGAAUUUG